CCCUCUACUAAUAUGUGUGAUAGUACGAAACCGGGUGAUAAAAAUCAAAAGGAGAGAAUAAGAUGAGCGAGGAGAAGAGGAAGCAACACUUCGUGCUAGUCCAUGGUGCAUGCCACGGCGCAUGGUGCUGGUACAAGGUGAAGCCGCUGCUCGAGGCUUCGGGACAUCGUGUAACCGCCUUAGACCUAGCUGCCUGCGGUAUAGACACCACCAGGUCGAUCACUACUUCAUUGCCAAAUGAUGAGAAGGUUGUGCUCGUUGGUCAUAGCUUUGGAGGUUUGAAUUUAGCCAUAGCCAUGGAUAAGUUUCCUGAAAAAAUCUCUGUUUCUGUCUUUGUGACUGCUUUCAUGCCCGACACCAAAUACUCACCAUCGUUCGUCGUGGACAAGUUUGCAAGCCACAUGACACCAGAAGGAUGGAUGGGCACUGAGCUCAAGCCGUACGGCUUAGACAAUUCUGGCUUGUCUGUGUUCUUCAGCACUGAGUUUAUGAAGAACCGUCUCUACCAGCUUUCUCCUAUUGAGGAUCUUGAGCUUGGACUGCUUUUAAAGAGGCCCGCAUCAUUAUUUGUGAACCAAUUAUCAAGGACAAAGAACUUUUCAGACAAAGGGUAUGGAUCUGUUCCUCGAGCUUACAUUGUGUGCAAAGAGGACAAGAUCAUCUUAGAAGAACAUCAACGAUGGAUGAUAGAUAAUUAUCCGGCGAAUUUCGUGAUUGAGAUGGCAGAGACGGAUCAUAUGCCAAUGUUUUGCAAACCUCAACUACUCAGUGACCAUCUAUUGGAAAUCGCCAACAAAUUCUCUUAAUUGAGGAAAAUGUAUUUGGAGUUGAUACAAUUAAGUGUGUGUUCUAAAAUGGAUAUUUCUAUAAGUUCGGACUUUAUUUCUUAUUAUGGCAAUUGUUCUCCAAGCCUCA